AUGGAAGAAGACGCGACGGUAACUCAGGAAGAGCCGGAGGUAUUUACCAGUAGCGAUCGUGGAGGUUCGGUGGGCGGAUCCGAGGGCGAAAGCAAUAUUAGAGAGAUCCCUUCAUACCCUCUCGAAAAUGGAGAACAAAUAAGAGAUGAAAAUCUAGAAACUGACGCAGGGCAAGAGACCUGUGUGGCUGUCUGGGCAUCUCCCGAGGACGGGUCACUCGGUCCUGCCGCUUACGUUGCUCUGGAAGAAACCUUCGAUCAGACUCUCAAAGACUUGCCAGACGACCCCAGUCUCGACGCCUUUCGACGUCAGUACGAACAGCUGCUCAGUGCCCUCAAACGGUCACACGAAAGCGAACUGUCCCUUCUCGCAAGAUGUAAGACUCUGACUAGCCAGAUCUCAGAAAACGCGACGAAAGUUACAGCAGCGCUCAAGUUGUCUGAUGAGGAUCAAAGCUCCAUCGACAUCUUGAAGAAGGAAGUUCAGCAUGCCUGGCUUCUCGUUCAAGCUGGAAAAGACAGAGAAGAGCUCGCCAGGGAGACCAUUUACUCUCUCCGCAAAACCAUCGAGGACCUCAACAGGCAGAUCGAAGCAACCGAGACAGAGCACAUCACUCAGGAGGCAAAACUGGAAGAGUAUCUCCAAGAGCGCGAGAAGCUUCUCCGCGAAUGCGACCAGCUGGCCGCUCAUAAUGUGCAGAUGUCAACAGACAACGAGACCAUGAGUCGGACACUGGAAACUCUAGAGCGGCGAGUGGCUGAAGCUCAGGACGAACUCAUACAGACUAAAGACGUUCUUCGAAUUAAGAAGCUCGAGGGCGACCAGGAGCAGAGGAGACGUGAGAAGAUUGAGAAAGAGUUGAAAGACAUGAAAGCGUUGAUUGAACAGAAGCAAACAGAGAUACAAGGGAAGCAAGCAACCAUCGAACAACAACGACAAGAGACUGAGCACCUUCAAGCUGUUGUCGCGAGCCUGCAAGCGGAAAAUGAGAAGGAAAACAAAAGGUUUAUGGAAAUUACUGGACGCAUUACGGAUACAGAGAAUCGUCUGAACGAGCAAAUCAUCACCAAUAGCAAAAUGCAAGCCGCGAACAUAGCAAGAGAAGCAGAGCUGAGAGAUCAAACGGAGGUCAUAAACAAAAUGAAGGCAGACAAGGAGAGAGUGACGAAGAUGCACGAUUUGUUGAAGAGGAAAAUGCAGCAGACUGAGGACGACAGAAAGGCCCUUGACGAUCAACACGCUGCACUCAAGAGUGAAAUAUCUGGGAUUGAGAAAGAGGUUGAGGCUCUCAAGCAGCAGGCCGAGGCAGACAAAAAAAAUAUCGGCAACCUUUUGAGAGAAAGGGACCUGUUAUCGAAAAAUCUUUUGCGAACGGAUGACGCAACGAAGAAGCAUGAAGAGGCGUUGAAGCGGCACGAGGCCCACGCCCUCCAACUUCAAAGAGAAGCCGAACGAUAUCGAAAAGACAUUGAAAUCCAGCAGGCGAAAAUCCGAGAGUUGGAGAGUCACCGCGACAAAAGCGGCGCGGAGCUUUCUCGAAUCAACCAAAAAUACUUGGCGGUGCUAGAGGAGAUAAAGGGAGGCGACAACCAGGUGACAGAUCUGCAGAAAACAAUCACCGAACUGCGAAACAAACUGGCAACUCAGAAGAGUCUUUAUGAGUCCGUGCGGUCGGACCGGAACCUCUACUCUCGGAAUCUGAUUGAAUCUCUCGAUGAAAUUAGCGAGAUGAAGCAGAAAUUCAAGAUUUUGUAUCACCAGAUUGAGCAGCUGAAGGAGGAAGUGAAGCAAAAAGAUGCAAGUCUGAUCAAGGGCCACUUCGAGCAACACAAAAUCGUGAAAGACAAUGAGAAGAUCACCAGUGACCUCCACAGUGCGCAGCACAAGUUGUCAUCUCUCCAACAGAUCGUUCUCAGUCAAAAGCGUGAAAUUAAGAAGCUGGAAGCUACAAUCCAAGAUGCAGAGACGGAACGCUCAAAUCAGAAGAAAGAAUAUGAAGUUGUUCUUAGUGAGAGAGACAUGCUCGGCACGCAGCUCCUGCGUCGAAGUGAGGAGCUUUCAUUGCUUUACGAGAAAAUCAAAAUUCAGCAAUCCACACUACAAAAGGGCGAAGCUCAAUAUCGAGCGCGGCUAACAGACAUAAAGCUUCUCCGGCAGAAGAUCAGCGCUGCUCGCCGAGAAUUGGUGACAGCUAGAGGAAAGGUCGCCUGUGUGGAUGAUCUCAAGCGAGAGGUGUAUCAGCUUCAGAGAGAAUUGCUCCAGGAGAGGACCAAAGUGAAGGCUCUCAGCGAGAGUCUUGAGAACCCGAUGAAUGUGCACCGUUGGAGGCGCCUGGAAGGAAGCGAUCCCUCAAAACUUGAAAUGCUCGCAAAGAUCCAAAGUUUACAAAAACGCUUGAUCGCAAAAACGGAUCAGGUUAUUGACCGCGACCUCAUGAUUCAAGAAAAAGAGAAGCUUUAUGUGGAACUCAAGACGAAGCUGGCGGCAUACCCCGGCCCGCAGAUGGUCGACCAGAUGCAAGUUUUUCAGCGAACGUUGAGAGAGAAGACGGCGCAGCUGAAGGCCAUGACUUGUGAACUGAAAACCUGUCACAAACAGGUGAUAUUGUACAAGGACGAGAUCGCGUGGCUAAACAAGGAACUUGCGGUGCGUGCUCACCUUGGGUUUGCUCUACCUGUUCCAAGAAGAAAGAGUUGUCGUAGGAGACAGAAAUAG